UACUAUAUUUUCCAUCCAAAUUAUUGAUGGUGUUGAAACUGGUUAUUAAAUAAUCAUACAGGGUGGGCAGCUUUUGCCCGUAACUCGAGGAUGUGAGCUUUGUAUAUGCUUCCAUUUUGUACAUGACAUGAGUGCCAGUAAAUGCGUGUGUCAUUUCUGAGACGUGUAUCCUGACAGAAUCUGCAAAGUAUGACUAUUCUUUCAAAUAAAUGUGUGAAAUUCUUCACUUUGUUGUUUUUAGCAGGAAGGAAGUUUUAAACUUAACCUUUAUUAUAAUCGUCAUUUUAUACAUUGUACAUAUAUGAAGUUUUGUUUUUGGCUUUGUGUGUUUAGAUUUUUCAGGUUUUGUGACUGAUGGUGUUUGUGAGAACGAUGCAACAAAGACGCUUAUAGUGAAUGUGGAAUGACUUUUGCGCCCCUCGGCGUCCAGCAAGACGCAGGUAAUUCACAGGUGUGUUUCCUGACGUCAUACAGGAAGUGAACAGAGGGACGUUUGGAGUUUCUGCUUCUGAACAGUUGCUCGAAAACUACGGUCAUUUAUUUAUUCAAAAAGGGAAACCGCCCGACACAGCAGAGAUGUGCACGUUUGAUAAGGACAAAGGGCCAAUGAGGCUGAUGAAAAUGGGAUUAACCCUCAUCCUGAUCGGCCAUAUCAACUUCAUUCUUGGAGCUAUUGUCCAUGGCAGUGUCCUCCGCCACAUUUCCAAACCCAGCCAGCAUAUCACCACUGAAUACACCAUAGCCAACAUCAUCUCAGUCACAUCUGGCCUGCUGAGCAUUGCCACUGGGAUUAUUGCCAUUGUGGUGUCAAGGAACCUUCCAGUGUUAAAACUCCAAAUAGGACUUCUAAUAGCAUCAUUCCUGAAUGCCCUGCUCUCAGCAGCAUGCUGCGUUGGGCUCUUCUUGGCAAUAGGUAUCACUGUUGCCCACAAUGGUGAGGGUUUGAUGCUGGGAUGCAAUGACACAGAGGUGCCCAUCAACGCUCGGUCACCUGUCAGUGCCAGAUGCCCGUUUGAUACCACACGAAUCUAUGACACCACCCUGGCACUGUGGAUCCCUUGUGCUCUCUUGGCAGCAGUUGAGGUUGGAGUGUCUGUCUGGUGCUUCAUCGUUGGAUUGGCUCUCAGAGGGCUGGCACCCUGUGGGAACAGCUACAUCAAAGAGCAGUUGGAGGCAGAAGCUGAGUGCGCUCCCCAAAGCCAACGCCUGAUUGGACGGCGCUUGAAACCUGACGUCUAACUGAACAAAAAGCAGGAAGGACACCACUCUGUGUGGACAAGCACAGCUAAAUCCCAAAAGGCAUUGCUGCACCUGUGUUGAGACAAGUAGAUUUUGCCCUACAGUCAGAUAGGUGAGUGUUACUGUGGAACAGGAGUGAAAUCAGUUUUAAGAACCUGGUUCUUGCUCUGCAGUAUCAUACAGCCACUUACCCUGAUUCAUGGAUGGGUUAUUUGUUUUCAUUUAUUAACCAAAACGUUUAUCUUGUGUGUGAAUCAUUCGCAGAAUGAAGUUGGGUUGAUGUCAGUGCAUCUGUCCCUGGUGAAACUCAUGGUAAAAUAUUUGACAGUGAAACAUCCCAAAAAUAUAUUCGCACAAUGUACGUUUCAGAAGGUGCAGUCCAAAGCGCAGAUCCUUUUGUGCAGAUAUUGGGAUUCAGUGAACAUAUACAGUAUGUGUGUUGAAGCUACAAUGAGAUUUAAAUGUAGUCUUAUGAAUAUCCAUCCAUGUUCAGGUUUAAUAGUGCCAUAUGUCAUUUCUUUCACCAUGAAGAAACCUCUGUUUAUGAAGAAAACACAUUUUAUUAUCAAGCAAAAAUGUUUCUCGAUUAUUUUUAGCUGAAUGAAGGUAUAUUUGAGCUUUUAUAAACUCAUAUUUUAUUGUUCUUAAUGUUUUUAGUAUUAUAGUGUUUGUAUGGAUUUUAAAACACUCGGAUGCAUUCAGUAAACCAUUGUGCGUUGUGUUUGCCAUAAAAUGCCAAAGUAUCUUUAAUUCUUUGCAGAUACAGUAUUUGCCUUCAUAUUAAAUUGGACAUGCUAAAUUGCACUUCUUGAAAGUAGUUUGUAUUAUAUGUGUUGCUGUGGCUUUAUGUUGCAGGUAAACCCUUGACUAGUUGAAUUUCAUAGAAAUAUGCUUCAGAUAGAAAACACAAAUGAUGUGAAAAUGUAGGGCUGAUAAACUCCUAUAUAGCGUACUCCACUAUACUGUGGUUGAAUGUCAAGUGGGGUCAUGUUAAGAGGUUAAACCAGAAUGUGGGCCAGCCGCCUCAGCUGGCACAGACACCCCCCCCCCCGCCGCCCCACAAGGCAGCGACAGAGAAGAUCCGAUCAGCGCUGAAACGGUUAAUCUAAUGCCAUGCUCAAUUGUGUGGAACGGAAUCAUAGCACGCAGUACUAAUCCUCGGGCUGUAAGGGAUAAAUAUUGACAUCGUGCUGACUGACACAAUCCCAACAAAUCUGUUUUGCCAUUUCAGAGUACACUCAUUCAAUUUAUAUUUGAAAUUACAAGAUGAAAAUGAGGUCAGCUUAUUGUUGAAUACGGUUAAAUUAACUGAAUUCAAGUAAAGUCACAUGUUGUGAUAUUAUAGUGUUGGCAUUUUCAGAAGGGCUUAAUUGCAUAUAGUAUAUACAGUAUGUGGUUCUUGGGGACAUCUUUUCCUGUGAAGUAAUGGAUCUCCCAUAUCUGAAGUUUAUAUAUGCAGUCCAUUUAUAAAUGCAGCCUAUCAAAAUGUAUUAAUUUAAAUCAAUAAUUGACGAUCUAGCAAAUCGCUUAUUUGUGAAAGGGUAUUUAUUGUGACUUAGAUUAUCAUCCAUUAAAUGAGCAUGCGUUAUUUUCUUGAGAUUUAUUGUGUUGAAAACCUACAUUUAUGCAAAUGAAAAAAACACAUUGAUUUGAAUUUAUGGUAGAUAAUACAAAACUUUCAGUGAUUGCAUUGUUGUUUUCUGAGAAGAAUUCUAAUCUCUUUAAAUAACUGGAGCAGGACGGCCCAAUAGGACAAAAUCGAUCACUAAUCUUUUCCCCCUGCUGCAGCUGAGAUGUAAACUCUAACGUUUGUUAAAGAUGUUAUAUUUUGUAACAAUGCCUGAUUUUAUUUUUUUUAAUUUACAAAUUUGGAUGUGUGAAAUGCUUAAUUUUUUUUGCUUUAUGGUUUUAUAGCAGUAUAUACGUUUAAUGUAUCAUUUUUAAUAAAGAUUUUUAAUAAUGUUAACUUUG